AUGGCGCAAAUAGACAAUAUGAGUAGACCAAAUGAUGAUGAUGAGGACGAUGAUGAAGACGACGAAGACGAUGAAGAGCAGCAAAUGCAGAUAAAAGAUGAAACAGAAACCAACCUUAUAAAUCUCCGAAGAACUAUAUAUUUAACAAUUAUGUCCAGUGUAGAUUUUGAAGAAGCUGGCCACAAAUUGCUGAAAAUCAAACUUGAGCCUGGGCAAGAGAUGGAGUUGAAUAUAAUGUUAUUGGAGUGCUGCAGCCAGGAGAGGACAUAUCUCAGAUAUUAUGGUCUGUUAGGCCAAAGGUUUUGUAUGCUCAACAGAGUGUAUCAGGAGAAUUUUGACAAGUUUGAUUUUCCCAAGUUGAUUUUCGGAUAAUUGCAUGUUUUUUGGGUUGAUUGUUCCUGGGAAG